GAAGCUGGUGGUGGCUCUGACAGGUGUGGCUUCACUGAAGAAAAUCUCUGAGAAAGAGGCAGUUCCCGGUGACAUUCACAUGCUGGAUAGCUAGGAGCAGCAUUCACUGGGUGUGAGAAAAUGGGGCAAAAGGCCUCACAGCAGGUGGCUCCGAAGGUCAGCCAGGAGGUUCUCCUCAUGUGUGAGGUGGUCGGUGCGGCUAUUUCCCACGCAGCGCAGAAGCUGAAGGAGUACCUUGUGUUUGAGUAUCCGCUGAGCAGACUCUGCCUUGCAGCGAGUUCACUGACUGAGAUCUUCCUCGUCCACUUUGUUACCUUCUGCCAGGAAAGGGGAGCGGAUGAGUGGCUCACCACCACCAAGAUGACCAAGCAUCAGGCCUGGCUCUUUGGAGCAGACUGGAUUUGGACCUUCUGGGGACCUGAUAAGCAAAUACGGCUUCAGGUGGCAGUGCAGACCCUGAGGAUGGCUUCGCUCCCUCUGACGGACCCAAAAUCCUGUGAGUCAAGGGGAGAAGAGUCUUGGAAAAAAGGCAGAUUUGACAAGCUGGAAGAGUUCUGUAACUUGGUAGGAGAGGACUGUCUGGGUCUGUUUAUCAUCUUUGGUGUGCCUGGAGAACCUAAGGCCAUCAGAGGCGUUGUCCUGGAGAGCGUCAGAAACAGGAUGGUGGAGAGCCAGCUGCCAGGGCGCAAGGCUGUGGAGCAGUUUGUGCUGGAAACAGAGGAUUGUGUCUCCAUCAAAGAGCUGCUGGGGAACUGUCUGAGUAAAAGAGAUGGGCUGAGUGGCAUGGGCAGGGUUUACAUCCGCAUCCUCUAAACUGGGCAUGUUGCUGUGACUGGCCUGUGAGACAGAACAGGAGGACAAUCCCCAGCACAGGGCUGUCCACCCCCUACAUUGACUGAAAGUGAUCACCUUGCUAGUGUCAGUUACGGAAAA